AAAAUUUGUGGAGACAUUUCGUACAAAUAAACAAAACUCUUGGUCAUUACAAUUACAAAUUGACACCAAUUUAUUCCAGUAUUCACGUAAUAGACUGUCAGUACGUCAAUUCAGGUUUCAAUUGCGAAUUCGCCCCGCGCUCCCGGCGUUUUCGACUGAUAUGUGUGAAGGGUGAAGUUUAUAAUGGCUCCUGUUUUUAAGAAUGAUGUAGUAAAUAGAUUGCUUAACGUGAGACUGGACGAUGGUGGGAAUGGAGACGAGGUUCCGCCGCAGAACAUGCUGCCUUCUAACCAGCAGGCGAGGCAAGGGAGCAACGCGCCUGACGAAGAAAGUGGGCCGUCUUGCGAACCGAUCGCAUCGUCGUCUGCAAUCGAGAAUCUGCAACCGACGAACAGUAGCGGCGGCCGAUUACACAACUGGCAAGCGACCAAAACGACCGUCAAGGAGCGCUUGUCCUUUCUCUUCAACAACGAAAUACUGUCAGACGUCCAUUUUAUCGUGGGUAGGGAGGCGAACCAGCAAGUCAUACCCGCACACAAGUUCGUCCUGUCUGUCGGGAGUGCUGUCUUUGAUGUGAUGUUCAAUGGCGUCCUAGCGACGAAGUCUGACGAAGUAGAGUUACCUGACGUGGAGGCGGCGGCGUUUCUCCAUUUACUUAAGUUCCUAUACUCGGAUGAAGUUAGAAUCGGUCCGGAGAGUGUUAUGACAACUCUGUACACUGCCAAGAAGUAUGCAGUGGCGGCUUUAGAGGAGCACUGUGUGGAUUUUCUUAAGAGCAACUUGGGUACGGACAAUGCUUUCCUGCUGUUGACGCAGGCUAGGUUAUUUGACGAGCCGCAGUUGGCUGCCCUUUGCUUGGAGAUGAUAGAUAAGAAUACGGCUGAUGCUUUAAACGCUGAAGGUUUUACUGAUAUUGAUCAAGAUACUUUGAAUGCUGUUUUGGAAAGGGACACCUUACGCAUCAGAGAAGCCAAAAUAUUCUCUGCAGUGUUACGCUGGUCAGAAGCUGAGUGCAUCCGUAGACAACUCCCCGUUACCCCAACCAACCAACGCACAUCACUCGGGCGAGCCUUUAACGCCAUCCGUUUCCCUCUAAUGUCCGUGGAAGAAUUUGCAAUGGGCCCAGCACAGAGUGGUCUUCUUGAUGACAGGGAAAUUGUUCAACUGUUCCUAUAUUUUACCGUUAAUCCUAAACCAAAUGUUGGGUUCCUAGAUACACCGAGAUGUUGUAUGACUGGGAAAGAGCUGACGGUGAACAGGUUUCCGCAGACGGAGUCUAGAUGGGGUUACAGUGGGACUACUGAUCGGAUCAGGUUUACGGUGGACCAAAGAAUAUUUGUAGUUGGUUUUGGAUUGUAUGGAUCUUAUUUUGGGCCAACAGAGUAUGAAGUGCAUCUGCAGAUAAUCCACCUAGCAACAAAGAAAGUGUGCGGCUCGAACACAACAACAUUUUGCUGUGAUGGUACCGACGACACUUUCCGUGCCAUGUUUAAGGAGCCCGUGGAGAUUCUACCCAACACCUCUUACAUCGCGUCUGCUAAACUCAAGGGCACAGAUUCAUACUACGGCACCAAAGGUCUCCGCCGAGUGACAGUAGACUGCAACAAUGGAGAAAAGGUGGUUUUCCAGUUCUCAUAUGCCGCCGGAAAUAACAAUGGCACCUCGGUCGAGGACGGACAGAUACCCGCCAUCAUUUUCUACAUAUAAUGAAGUCAUAGUCAACCCACAACUUGUGAAGAUAGGUAACUUUCGUCUUACUGUAGGAAUAAUAUUCCACCGCCAAAAUAUCAUGUGGCAUCAUUAGCAUAGAUUUGAACAGUGACCGGCAUGUGAUGAUUUCUGUAUAGUAUGAAUUUUCUGAGAUGAACUUUUCGGUUUUGCCCUAAUCUGUUAAACAAAGGCCUUUGUUUCUAUUAUUCGAGGUGGUUAGCUCCC